AUGGUACAUAGCUAUCUUGCCAAAUCAGUUCCUCCAGCUAUAUGUUUAAUUUCUGUUUUUAUAUUUUGGAUCCGCUAUGUAUAUUCUCAUUUCGGCGACACCAAACAUAUCCGCUCAGGGCCAAAUGCCGUAGUUAUAGGUGGGGGAAUUGAUGAUCUAUCUCCGCGAUAUGUUACAAUCCUUCCACCAUUGAUUGCGCGAUUAGAGAUCGUGGGAGUUCUGACGGAUAUUGUCCUUUGUGUUUUUCUUAUGACUACCCGUGAAGACUCCAAUGGCCCCAUCUCAGCAGCCUUUGCCUCGGCCGUGUCAUCCGUUUAUCUACUCCUCCUCGUUUUAGUUAGGAAGAAAGGCGGGGUCGAUAUCGAAAUCAACUUACAACGACACUCGGUGGCCUUGUACACCGUACAAUGGUUUUGCUUAUCUUUAAUCGUGCAUGCGGAAAUUUUAAGCGGCACAAGACUUCUUUCAGUCAUUGCAAUCCUAAUUCGGUUUGCUCUAUUUACAACGCUGUGCCUGUUUCACUGGACCGCUCCACAAAUUCCCAGACGGGCAUACAAGACAGGAGGAGCCUUCCUCUCCGACUUAAGCAAAGAAGAAACUGCAAGCUCAGUCUCUCGUCUGUCUUUCUCCUGGAUAAAUGAGCUGAUAUGGAAAGCAUAUCGGACGACACUAGAGGUUGAGGAUUUGUACCCACUCAAUGACGCUCAGAAAUCCAAUACAGUUAACUCUCGUUUCCAUUUGGUAUCAGCUCCCACGGUUUUUCUCCCAUGGCGUCUAUGGCGUUUCUUCAAAUAUGAUAUUCUUAGACAGGGUGGAUGGGCUGCUGUGAACAGCGUGGCUGUAUUCGUUCCUCCUAUCCUUAUCCGGCUCAUCCUGAGGUAUAUAGAGUCACCAGAUGUGAUGAAGCCAAGCUCUGCAUGGCUCUGUGCGAGUGGGCUUCUUAUUGCAGGGGUAGUGGCUGGCACAGCAGAUUGUCAAAGUGAAUGGAUAGGCCAUCAGAUUGCUGCUAAGGUACGCGCUAUUCUAAUCAAUGAAAUAUACACGAAGGUGCUACGCAAAGGAAUUGUGCAACCGGGGCGGGAAGAACAUAAAGAUAUCGACUCUAACGACGGCAAUGCAAGUGACGGGGGCAUUUUCAACCUCAUGUCGGUCGACACUGAGCAUGUCACCACUAUAGGGACAUGGCUACUAUACAAGCUUCUUGGACUCAGUGGUGUCAUUGGUGUCUUGAUCAUGAUUGCUCUACUUCCCUUGAACAUCUUGAUAUCUCAGCGUGUAAUGGCUGUUCAGGCUCGCGUGCUAAAAGCUAGUGAUAACCGGAUUCAAGCGAGUAACGAGAUGCUGAGCAACGUUAGAACAAUUAAAUAUUCGGCAUGGGAAAAACCGUUCAUUGCAAGAGUCUUGGAGAAACGGCAGUUUGAGAUAAAGGAACUACGCUCACGCUUUAUUUGGUGGUCUAUUAACGCGACUACUUUCCAUGCUCUUCCCUUUAUUGUCACUAUGGUGACGUGCUUUUUUUACACGAUAGUAUGGGACAAUCCAUUGGGAACAACUAUUGCGUUUCCGGCUUUGACAAUCUUUAGCAUUUUGCGGAUUCCUUUGGAUCGAAUGGCCACCUCGAUCACUUUUAUAAUGCGAGCUCACGUCUCUCUAGGCCGCAUUGAAAAGUUUUUGCAGGAGCGUGAAACAGCGAAAUAUGAUCAGCUGUCAUAUGUGUCAACAUCCAUACAUAUUGGUUUCCAGGACGCCACUCUUAUAUGGCCAACCAGCACACGUAUAGAAACUUUGGAUAGCGACACUAGUAGCGGCAUUCCACUAGCCGAGUUGCCUUCUACUCGACCCUUCCGGCUUGAAAACCUUGAUAUCAAAUUUCAAACAGAUGCUUUAAAUGUUGUUUGUGGUGCAAGCGGAUCUGGAAAAUCAUCUCUAUUGCUUGGUCUUCUGGGAGAACUGGAUCUGAUCAAAGGCCACAUCUCCCUCCCUCAUGACCGGUUUUCGGGUGAGGUAUCGCUUGAAAGUCUCACUGAGACAACUGCAUACUGCCCACAAGAGCCUUGGAUUAUGAAUCGUAGUAUACGAGAAAAUAUUUUGCUGGAUCUACCUUUUGAUAGUCGCCGGUAUGAAGCAGUGCUGCAAGCUGUAGCACUAACUCCAGACCUUAUUGCUCUAGAUCAGGGCGACCAGACUCUUGCUGGAGAGAAUGGCAGUCGGCUAUCUGGGGGUCAAAAGCAACGUGUUUCAUUAGCGCGUGUACUUUACAGCCCAUCCAGGUAUGUUCUACUAGACGACUGUCUUAGUGCGGUAGAUUCUCGCACAGCGAAUCAUAUUUUCUUUCACGCUGUGAAAGGAUCGUUAAUGAAAGGUCGAACAUGCAUUCUAGCGACUCACCAUACACAUCUUGCUAUUCCCAACUGUCACUAUGUUAUUAUGCUAGAUAACGGUCGAGUAAUAGGUCAAGGAACUAGCGAAGAACUAGUUUCAAUGGGUCUUCUUGAACGGGAAGUGGUAGACGGCAACUCCGAAACACAACAAACAAUUUCUGCUUCAACUGAGAAAAUAUCCGAGCCAAUCAACACUAAAAUCACUAUAGGCGAUUUCUCUGCCAGGUCUUCACUCGAUUCCGCUUCGCUAGAAGAGCUCCCUCUGAAGGCUAAGGAGCCAGAGUCUGAACCCGGAUACAAAGAGGGUAAGGCCGAAGGCGCUGUCACUUGGCCUGUUGUCCGAAACUAUCUAGCCGCAAUGGGUCCGCGAUGGUACUGGAUCAUAGUCCUCGCACUAUUUGGGCUGCAACAGGUUGUUUCGCUUGGAACGAAUCUCUGGAUCAAGGAAUGGGCAUUUCGAUAUGAUAUGGUCGAAAUGCGAAACAGCAGCAAGUCACCGUCGCAAAGGUCUGACGACUUCGAAGAAAACAAACGUCAGAAGGUGGACGCAUGGUACUAUAUAACAAUAUAUGUGGCCAUAUGCUUAUUAUAUGGAUUCAUAACAUUUAUCCGUGAUCUCACCACAUUCUAUGGCUCGCUCAAAGCAUCUUCUACAAUAUAUGAGCGCCUGUUAAAUUCAAUAUUCUACGCCAAACUCAUAUUCUUUGACCGCGUGCCCUUCGGACAGAUUACGAACCGGCUCACUAAAGAUAUUGAGGUGAUUGACCAGACACUUGCAGGUUUUGCAGUAAGCUGGUUGCAAUUAUUUACAUCCAUGCUUAUGGUUAUCAUUUUGAUCUCUACUGCGCUACCAGUGUUUCUCAUAGUCGCGGUUUCUAUUUGUGCAGCCUAUUAUAUUGUCACAAUAGUAUAUAUCAAUGGCGCCCGAGAUUUAAAACGCAUUGAAGCUGUUCAGAUGUCACCAUUAUAUCAGCAAUUUGGAGAAACAUUCGCAGGCUGUGUCAGUAUCCGAGCAUUUGCUCGGACUUCGUCCUUUACUGUUGAAAGUCGAACGCUCGUAGACCAGCUCCAUCGGCCGUACUUACUCCAAUGGGCAAGUCAAGCGUGGCUCACGUUUCGAGUGGACGUCCUCAGUUCACUUAUUUCUUUCUUCACUGGAGCCUUUGUGAUCUGGGGUGUCAGAUCCAUUGAACCAGGAAUUGCAGGCCUCAUGCUAGCCUAUGCGGCAACAUUCACCGAAAAUGUUAUGUGGGUUGUUCAGGUCUAUUCCAUCAUUCAGCAAAAUUUGAACUCUGUGGAACGAAUUGCCGAGUAUACGGAAGUAGAGCAGGAAAUUAGCCAGCCAGUUCGGACGGGCGUUUAUGACCUCCCAGAAGACUGGCCAUCGCAAGGAGAAGUUCGGUUGGAAAAGUAUUCAACUCGAUAUUCGCCUGAAUUAGAGCCUUCCUUGAACGAAGUUAGUUUCGAAACGCGCCGUGGCGAACGUGUCGCUAUAGUCGGACGCACUGGAGCAGGUAAAAGUACACUUGCUCUUGCUCUAAUCCGAGGUCUGGAGGCAGAGAGUGGGCGAAUCGAUAUUGAUGGUAUUGAUAUUGCAUCAGUCCCAUUAGAAAAACUUAGGCAGGUCAUCACUCUUUUGCCUCAGGACCCCGAGCUUUUCGACGGCACAUUAAGACACAAUCUUGAUCCGCUACAACGCUAUACCGAUGAAGAAAUGAUCACGGCGCUGCAUACUGUGCGUCUUCUCGACGACACUAGUGACUCUAUCUCAGCGAUUAGGACCAACACCGAAACAUGCGCGAAUGGGACUUGUCUAGACCAAGCUGCCGAUGCUCUCUCGCGCGGUCAGCGACAGUUGCUUUGUAUCGCACGUGCUCUUCUAAGGCGCUCACGCGUUCUCGUGCUUGACGAAGCUACUGCUUCUAUUGAUCAUGCCACCGAUGCUACAAUUCAGGAGAGCCUACGAACAAGCAUCGCCUACGGAACUACCGUAAUAACAAUUGCUCAUAGGCUACUCACCAUAGCUGAUUACGAUAAAGUUAUUGUCCUGGAUAAGGGCCGUGUUGUAGAGCAGGGCUCUGUCAGAGAACUCCUAGGCCGAACCGGAAACGACGCUAUCUUCCGCGGCUUGUGUGAGGAGUCUGGAAAUCUUGAGGAGAUUGAACGCGCUGCAACUGCAAUGAGUUUGGGGUGA